CAAUGAAAAAUCAAAAGAUUUGAAAGAAAAAGAUGUAUUCGAAGAAACCUCUUCAGAAAAGAAUUCAACACCAGAAAAAUAUACUAAACAAAAAAGGACUGUUAGUUCUCAAAUCGAAAAAGUAAAUCUACAACUGCCCUCUAACAAUAAGAAGAACUCUGAAGACAACAAAACAAAAAAUUCUAAAAAAGUUGAUGAACAACAAAAAACUGAAACUAAAAACACAGAAAACUUAAAAAGUUUGCCUUUAAAUAAAAAGGAAAAUGACGAUAAAAGUAAACAAGAUAAUAAUACACUUGAAAGUAAUAAGCUGCAGAAGGAGACAAUACAAGACGUAAGUUUGUCUACUAACUUGCCAGAAACCUCAAAACUUUGUACACCUCGCAAGGUAGCCUUGUUUAAUGAACUUUUUGGACCCUCGUCUAGCGAAAGCAGUACAACUGCUGCCAGCAGCUGUAAAGGUACAAAUUCUCUGCUUACUAAUAUAAAAGGAAUUUUAGCAAAAACAAACCAAACAGAUAUCCUUAGUUCAGCAACUACUUCACCAGGUGAUUAUACAGAUAUCAGUAGUGGCAUGGCUACACCGAAAGAGGAUGCUGUCGAGGUUAUAAGUUCAGAAAAUACAACACCAACUAACAUUAAGGAUAAUAAUGAUGGUGAUCUAGUUAAAACUAAUAUUGACAAUUGUUUUAUUCUAACACAAAAUGUUGAUAAGGAGGUAAAAACUAUUGCUUGUGUAGAUUUAACAGAGUUAUUGGAUGAUGAUAUAGAAAAUGAAGUGGAUUUGAUAGAAAUACCAGGUUUAGAUUUGUGUUCUGGAAGUAAAGCAAAAAAUUCAACUAAAACUAAGACUGAUAAGAAGAACUUAAGUAAAGAUUUAGAAAAUUCAAGUAAUGUCGAAAAUGAUGAAAAUAGAAAGACUUCAUCAGGUUCGGAAAUACCAGUAUCCCUAGAUAAUACAGACUUGGAGAAGGUUUCGUUAAUAAAUGCAUCAGACAAACAAGAAAUUGUUGAUAGUUCUGAAAUUACCAUCAGCUCAACGGAAGAAAUCAUUGAAUUAGUAGAACAUGUUAAUGAUAAAUAUGAUGAGAAAGUGAAAUCUUUACAAGCAGAUAGAAGGGAAGGGGGCAGUUCCCCCAUGUCACCAAGCGUAGAUGAAACAGCAAUUAAAUCUGCAGAUGUGAAGCAAAUGAUUACAGCCAUCGAAUCAGUUGAUAAAUUAGAUGACGCAGCAGUUGUAGAAAAGCAUUCCACAGAAAGUAAACUGGACGAUCUGGAAAUGGAAAGUUUUGACACGAAAUCCAACACUGAAGAGAUUCCGCUCGAUGAAAAUGACAAACAGUCUAAAGCUUUAACAAGUGAAGAGCAAAUGAAAAUAACAGCAAGUGUACACAGCACGACUUCAACUUCUAAAGCUCCAGGCUCUAACAUCGAAAUAAAAGAAACAGAUCUUGCGUUUAAAACAAAAAUUUAUAAAAAUUCGAAUAAACUUGAAAUGACUGAAAACGAUAACUCCAAAGCAGAACAAAGUCAAGAGAGUGUUGAUGCAAGCACCUUAUCAGACAAUAUGACAGAAGUAUUAGAUCACACUUCAAGUGCUAAUGAAAAUUCCAACUCAAAUUUACCAGAAAAUUCCCUAAACAGUGAAGAAGCCUGCUCAAUGGAAACAGAAAUAAUUAUUGAUGAAACUUUCGAUGAAAUUCAAACUGUAGAAGAAAGUGACAGAGAAUUACAACAAGCAGAUACAAAUAUGUCUCCAUUAAUAGACAAAAACGAUGUAGACACUACAAUAGAUGUAAAUUUAAACGAAGCAGAAGUUGUUGAAUCAUUUCCUCCAGAAAAUCUUAUAAACAAUUCAGAUUCCAUUAAAAAUAGACAAAAUAAAGAAGAAAAUGAAUUAAUAUUAGCCUUAACUGAAGAAUUACCACAAACUGAAUGUGAAUUAGAAGAGAUUACAGAAGACUUAACAGCUAAUAACAACCUUAAAACAGAUCAGACUAAAACAUCUAAUAAUAUAAAUGAAAAUAUAAAAGAAACCGUAUCGGAAUCUAAAGCAAAUGAAUCAGAUGAGAAUUCAACGGUCACAUGUGCUGAUGAUAUGUCCGAAGCAGAUUUACUUGAAAAAUCAAUGGAAAAUUUUACAAAAACUAAGUCAAAUGAAGAAGUGGCUUUAAUAUCAUCAGCAUUAAUUGAAAAUAACAAUAAUGAAUGUACGAUUAAGGUUUCAGAUUCACAUAUGGAAGAAGAAAAAAGUAAUUCUCUAGCUAUUCGAGCGGAACUUAAGACAAUUUUAGAUUCCCAAGCAGAAAUAAGCAGCAAACAUAUUGAUGAUAUCGAAAUCCAAGCUGAAGAUGAGCAAACUUGCACAAAAACUUCAGCAGAAGAAACGGAAAAUCUUAUUACAGUAAGAGAAUCACGUGAUUCUACAGUUCUUGAGCAAAACAAUGAAACAGCAGAAUCCAAUGAUCAAAUGACUCUUAAAAUCAGCAAUGAUGAGAUGACAUUUGAAAUAGCUAACGAAAAAGGAGUAAAUGCCGAGGAGACUGCAGCAAGUAUUGUACUUUUGGAAUCAAAUAAAACAAUUGUCAGCUGCGAAACCGAAUCUGAAGUUCAAAAAAUUUCUUUAGAAACCUCAGCAAUAGAUUCAGAAAAUGAUAGUCCAACAUUAAAACCAUCUGAUUCCACAGCACUUGAGGCAAAUAAAGAUCAGUGUGUAGCAGAAAAUAAACGUUUAGAAGAGACUACCAGAAACUCGUAUUCGCAGGAAUCAAAAGCUAGCUGUGAAAAGGAGGAGAGCGAAACCGAAUUCGAAGCUUCAAAAACUUCUUUAGAAAUUUCGGGAAAUGAAAACCUAACAUCAAAAUCCUAUGAUUCUAUAGCACCUGAAGCAUAUACAGAUCUGGUUUUAGCAAAAAAGAAACCUUUAGAAGUGAUCACACAAAAAGACGGAAGCGAAACCGAAUCUAAAGUUCCAAAAACUUGUGAUUCCACAAUACUUGAAGCAAAUAAAGAUCAGACUUUGGUAGAAAAGAAACGUUUAGAAGAGACUACAGAUUCGCAAGAAACAACAGCCAAUAGCGAAAAGGACAAGAGCGUAAUCUAUGUUCCAACACCAAAUUUAGAGAGUGCACCCAAAGUUUUGGAAUCAUGUAAUACCACGGCACCUGCUAUAAAUAAAGUUCGGGAUGUAACACAAAAGAAUCCUUUAGAAGAGACUACAGCAAACAAUGAGGUUUCGGAGUUGCGGGAAACAGUAGCCAGCUGUGAAAAGGAGGAGAGCAGAAGCAAUUCUCAAGUUGAAAUUUCAGCAAAAGUUGCGGAAAAUGAAAUCCAAACAACAAAAUCAUCUGAUUUCAACGCACCGCAAGCAAAUAAAAAACAGUCUUUAGCAGAAAAUGUAAGAUUAGAAGAAGACAAUGACAUGAGCAAAACUGAAACACAUACUGAGGAGACUAUAGAGGACGUAGCAGAAAACGCAAGUGAUGAAUCCAAGGAAAAAUCUUACAGUAAUUCCCUAAGACCUGAAUCAACUACAGAAAAGUCCAUAGAAAAGGCUACUGAUUCAGAAGAAGAAGAAGUAAACUGCAGUAAAACGGAAUUGACUAAAACUUCAACACAAGAUUCGAUAAAUAAGAUACAGAUUGAUAUAUUGGAAACAGAAGAAACUUCAUUUGAAACUCCAAUAAUAAGUUCUACAAUAACUGAAAAAAUUAAUAAAGAAACUGAUGAAGAGAUGAAAGAAGUUCCACAAAAUGCGAUUCCUGAAUCAGAAGCACAUCAUGAGAAAACUUUACAAGAAUCUGCUACACCCGCAACUGAUAGUAAUAGUAAGCAAACACAACAAGUUAUUGAAGUAGCAAGCAUUCUUGAAUACUCUAAAGUGUCAGAUAAUACCCAAGAUUCCAGUCUAAACGAAGAAGCUGCUAUGCAAAAUGUCAAAGAAUGUGGCAACCGAGAUCCAAAGGAUCAAAUAUUAACUGAUACUGCUGAAGUUACUAAAACUAGUUCUGAGACAGACCCGCAAACAUCCGUUACUACUCCAGACUCGGCUGGAUGGUUAGGAAAUUCUAACGUUAGAGAAUCAUAUGAACAAAUAACCCAGAUUAUAAAGAGUUCCGAGACAGACGCGCAAAAAUCUGUUACUACUUCAGACUCUGUUGCAAGAGAAUCCAAUGUUUCAAAUGCUGCUGAAAAGAUGAAGAAUUUCAGAAAUAAAAACCAUGUUACUGUCAAACCUAUUCAAGCCUUAAUAACGGGAACCUUAAAGAAACAGUUGCAAGAAUUUUUCUUACGUAGAGAUAAACAUUUAACGGAAAGUAAAACUAAACAAUCAUUUAAAUCAAAAGAAACUGCUUUAGUUUUAGCAAAUGAGAAACUUAAGUCAACAAAGUAUUUUAAGAGUAAAGAUGAUCUUAACAAUACACAAAAUUAUAGCCUUAAAGAUCCCCUAGAGAAGGCAGCCAAAGAUGUUAAAGCUUCACACGAUAUCGUUAAAGAACAGUCUGCAAAAGAUUUCGAAAUUAAGGAAAACGCACAAAGUCCAGCAACUCCGCAGCAGAAUGAAGUUUUAGAAUUUCAGGCUAAAUCUACAGACUCUGGCUUAAUGGGUUCCACAGAGAAAAUCAUAAAAGACAUUGAAAUGAGAAACAUAGAUCUUGAUGAAUCUGUUAAUAUCAUCGAACUAAAUGAAACGGAGAAAGAACAUACUGCCAAUAGAACAGCUCAAGCUAAUCCUACUCAAACUAUUUCAGGACAUAAAUCAACAGAACAUCCAAUUGAAGAAAUAAGUAAAGAUUUGAAAACACCAGAGAGGCCGUUAACAAAGAAAGUGAAAGUUGAAAAGAAAGUUCCUCAACAACAGCAAGCUACAAGUAUAGAUACUUCCAUUGGCUUAGCAGCUUCCCCGAAACAAAACGCAAAAAAUUCUUUAGAUUUAGAAACUUCAAAAAUAGAGCAAGUACAGAAAGCGAUUUGUGAAAAGAUAGUUCCUCAAGAGGUAAAGAACAAUUAUGUUGAGGAAAAACCUAUCACUAGUUCAACAUCGCCGCUUAAAACUUCUGCUGCUACAGCAAUUUCUAGUAAAGAAUCUGAAACGAUUUACACAAGUAAAGAGCUUUAUGAAGCAGUUGACAUGAUCGAGCUAAGUGAAACGGAGAAAGAACGUACUGCCAAUAGAACAGCUCAAGCAAUUCCUCUGCAAAAUAUGGCAAAAGAUAAACCCACAAAAGAUCAAAUUGAAGAAUUAAAUGAAGAUUUGCAAACUCCAGGAAGGCCGUUGACAAAGAAAGCAAAAGUUGAAAAGAAAGUUCCACAACAAAUGGAUACUUUUAUAAAAUUAAAUCUGGAAGCAACUAAUAUAGAAACCAAAAAGCAAAACACAUCCGAUAAUAAAAAGAAAGUACCUGUUGAAUCUGUUGAACAUAUCAAGUUAAUACCUGAAAUAUCCGAAGUUUCAAAGCAACAAAACGCAGACAUAGAAGCGUCUUAUCAACAAGAUACAACAAUUUGCGAAAUUAAAGAGAAAAUAUCUGUUAGAUCUGUUAAAGAGUUAACUCAAUCUGCUGAUCUUAUAACUAACAAGUUAAUCCAUGAAAUUCUCGAGGUUCCAAAGCAACAAAACGCAGACUUAGAAGCUACUACUAAACAACACACAACAACUUGUCAAGUUAAAGAGAAAACUUCUGUUAAAUCUGUUGAAGAUUUAACUCAAUCUGCUGCUUCGAUUACCAACAAAUUACAUCCUGAAAUUAGCGACAUUUCAAAGGAGCAACAAGCUGACUUAGAAACCACUAAUAAACAACCCAUAAACUCUGGUGAAUCGGUGGAAUAUUUAACACAACCCGCUGUUCCUACAACUAUCAAGUUAAUUCCUGAUAUUCCCGGAGUUUCAAAGCAACAAAACAUUGAAACUUCUAAACUACAACAAACAACAACUUGCGUAAAUAAAGAGAAAAUAUCUGUUAAAUCUAUUGAAGAUUUAACUCAAUCUGCUGAUCUUACAACUGACAACUUAAUCCAGGUUCCAAAACAGCAAAACACUAACUUAGAAACUUCUAAACAACAACACACAACAACUUGCGUAAAUAAAGAGAAAAUAUCUGUUAAAUCUAUUGAAGAUUUAACUCAAUCUGCUGUUCCUAUAAGGAACAAAUUAACAUCUGAAAUUCCCAAGAAUUCAAAGCAACAAAGCGCAAAUAGAAACACUGAAACUUUAGUUAACUCCAUAAACCCAAAUAAACAUGAAAACCUCUCCGAAACCAAGAAAACUAAUGAAAAACAUUCCAACUUGCCGGCAAAACAUGCUGUACCCGUGGGCUCUAAAAUAUCCGCUGUCAUCGAUGCCAUAUCACAUCGUAUGCAAAAAACUUUAGGAGAUAUUGAAAAGACUAUAACUGGUUAUGAGUCUAAUCUUAAUAAAGAUCCAAUUCCAUCAACGUCUGCUCCUAGAGAGCAAUCUUUAAUGAAACAACAAGUAGAGGCAGCUGAAGGCUUUGGAAGUUUCGUACAAAAGCAAUUAGCAAACGAGGUAGCUGCAAACGUGUCUUCAGUCCUUACAAACUCUCCAGAAGGUUUGGUUUGCAACAACUCCAAACAUAAUAUUAAUAAAGUUCCAAUUCCAUUAACAUCUGCUCCUACAGUACAAUCUAUAAUGAAACAACCAUUACAGAAAGUUGAAGGCAUUGGAAGUUUCAUACAAAGGCAAUUAGCAAACGAGGAAGUUGCAAACGUGUCCUCUCCAGAAGCUUUGGUUGGCAACAACACAAAAUUCCUUAACAAUAACUCCAUAUUGUCCGGAGAGAUGAGAUGUAAGGAGCAGCCUAAAACUAGCAAAGAUUCUACACAAAAAUCUUUACAAUCCCCGGAAAACACAGACAAUAAAGAUGCUGGAGAGACUGAAUGUUUCAUUCCAAAAUUGUCUUAUUUUGCAACGUCUAAUAUUGCUACUCCAAGUAACGUAUUUCAAAAAAUAAUAACUAAGGAAAUUAACAUUGAGGGCGAAAUCGUAGAAGUGGUUAGAAUUCAUAUACCCAAAGGUUCAAAUGCCACCAAUGAAAUUAGAAAGUUUAAACAACUUACUGCAGAAAUAUUAAGUUCACCCGCCUCUUGUUCAAAUAAAAAUCAAGAAAUUGAAAGAAUGGUUAAGAAGAGUAAUCCAAUCGGCUUUGAAUGUCAACAAAACAAGAUUUUGGAGUCCACAGCCAUUAAUUCCUGUGAAAUUUUAAACUCACCCGCAACUUAUUCUGGUAAUCAUCAAGAAAUUGAAAGAAAUGUUAAGAAGAGUAAUCCAACAGUAUUUGAUUCUCCUCAAAUCCCAAUUUUGGAUUCAAUAGCCAACAAGUCCUGUGAAAUUUUAAACUCACCCUCAACGUUUUCAAGUAAUCAUCAAGAAAUUGAAAGAAUGAUUAAAAAAACUAAUCCAAUAGCUUUUGAAUCUCCUCAAAUCAUAAUUUUGGAUUCAACAGCCAACAAAUCCUGUGAAAUUUUAAACCCAUCGGCAACUUCUUCAAGUAAUCAUCAAGAAAUUGCAAAAAUUGUUAAGAAAACUAAUCCAACAAGCUUUGAAUCUCCACAAAUCACAAUUUUGGAUUCAACAGCCAACAAGUCCUGUGAAAUUUUAAACCCAUCAGCAACUUCUUCAAGUAAUAAUCAAGAAAUUGCAAAAAUUGUUAAGAAAACUAAUCCAACAAGCUUUGAAUCACCUCAAAUCCCAAUUUUGGAUUCAACAACCAACAAAUCCUGUGAAAAUUUAAACCCUUCGGCAACUUCCUCAAGUAAUCAUCAAGAAAUUGAAAGAAUUGUUAAGAAGACUACUACAACAAGCUUUGAAUCACCUCAAAUCCCAAUUUUGGAUUCAACAACCAACAAGUCCUGUGAAAUUUUAAACACACCCGCAACAUCUUCAAAUAAAAAUCAAGAUAUUGAAAAAACUGUUAGGAAAAGUACUCCAACAAACACGGAAUUCCAACAAAUCAAGAUUUUGGACACAACAGCCAACAAAUCCUGUGAAAAAUCCCCCUUAAAAGAAUGCAAAACCCCUAGAAAAGAAACCACAAUUACAGCACUCAACAAAGAAGUGGGAUAUCUAACACCCAAAACUCUGGCUUACAAACAUAGCCAAGAGAAAGACAGCUAUAUCACCAUCUCUUCUAUACUACCAGAAACAUUUAGUACUACCCCUGUUUUACCCUCGAUUUCCACCACAUCUCCUACGCCCUCAAAUUUUAGUGGUUUAUUUUCCAAGAAAACUUCCAACAAUCUUAACACAGAAGAUGAAUUAAUCAGAACUAAGAAAAAAUCACCACUUUUUAUCAACAAACCCAAGGAAUAUAUAAUACCAGCGGCCAGUGUUUUAUGCAAUGUCGACAACUUGGAGAAUGCCACCAAAGCCAAUAAGAAAUUACACUGGGAACUGUUGGAAAAUAAAAAUGAAAUGACCGAAAUUGAAGAUGAUGCCGAUGUCGAUACCACAGAUGAGGAAGAACCCAAAAUUAAGGAAGAACCUUUAGAACAAGCUUCAACCUCGCCUAAACAAACUAGUCCACAAAGUAAAACCAGUGAUCAAAAAUUGCAAAAGACUUCAACCUCCGAAACGGAUACCCAAACAGAAGAUGAAUCCCUACUAAAAGAGUUGAAACGUCAGGAUACCCAUAAAAAGCUAAAGCGUAAAUCUUCCAAGGUACAUAAAUCUAAGCACCAUAAACAUAAAUUGCCCAAAACUGUUAAGGCUAGACUAAAAGCUAUAGCUAAGCGUAAUGAAAAAGACACCCUAACAGAUAGUGGUCCAAUGGUACAGCCACCUUUUACUAUUAUCUUGCCCAAAAGACCCGUGGGAAGGCCUAGAAAAUUACAGAAUUGUCCCAAAGUGGAAAAGGUGGUGGUGCAGCAUAAAAAGAGAGGACGCAAACCCAAACAAAUAGUGCUUAAGCCUAAUGAUGUAGCGACUCCUAAGGAAUCUUUAGAAAGUAGUUACAAAACUAAAUCGAAUGAAUCUUUUAAAGAAAAGAAACGUAAUGCUAAAGAGAGAUACAGUCCGGAUGUUGUAAAUAAUUUGGAAAACACAUUGAGAAUUCUAUCGUCAUCUGUUGAAAGACUGGAAAUAUGUGAUGAGACUUGUAAUUCAAGGGAUUCAUCAAAACAGAGAAAAACCUUCGAAAAACAGAUGGAAGAAAGCCAAUAUGAAGAUGCCUUUAAUACAUCUAUGAUUUACCACAAACAAGAUUCUUCAAGGGAAAGUAUUAAUAUAUCUGCAGUAGAGAAUCCGAUAACUGAAUCCCAGAAAAUGUUGCAAAAACAGAAUAAACCAGAGUCAACAAAACCUUUCGAGACAGCUAAAGUGUCUUCUUAUAAGACUGAUUUAUUAAGUGCCUCUAUAAUUAAGGAGCCUGUUAUAAAACUUAUUGAACUCCCUUCAACUAGUAGGGAAGCUCAAAGCAAACUUCUUAUAAUUAGUAGUGAAAGAAAGCCAGGAAAAGUAAAAUCUAAUGAACUUAGUUGCAGGACAAAGAAAGAGAAAUCACUGAAAUCAAAAAGCAAAAUAUUAAUGAAAAAGAAAUUGAAAUCAAAAAUGAAAAAUAAAGUAGCACCGUUUAUAUCUUUAGAAGAUAUAGGCAUAAAGGUAAGACCACUCAAGGGCCACUUGUCGUCAUUUAAAAUACCCAAAAUUAAGAAAGAUACUGAAGAAUCUAUUGAUGACUCUUGGAAAUUGGAAGCAUAUGAAGAAUUGGAAAAGAAAGAUGAUAAAGAGGAUGAAAGGGAGGCAGUAGAACAUGAAAAAGAAAGGAGAGAUAAUGAAAGGGAAGAGAAAGACAAGCAGCUCUCACCAAGACCUAAAGCAUCUAAAGAAAAGGAGACUACUAAUGUUAAAGAAACUAAUCAGAAAUCAGAAAAGUUGGAUAAUAUGAAACCUUUGCAAAAGGAAUCUAACUUGGAGACCAUACAAGCGCCCCAUAAUAAACCCGAAAGUAAAGAUGGUUCCAAUACACCUGGUAAUUACAUCAUCCAAUUCGAUAAUAAAACGAAAACUGGCAAAAGGAAACUAUUUAGUCCUGAUAUGUAUGAUGAAAGCGAAAAGGCAGAAAAUUUUGAAAUAUCGGAAAAUAAAAACAGUCAACAAAUCUAUGAAGAGCAAUGUCAAUACCUCAGCGAAACUCACGAACUAAAUCCGGUAAAAUUCACACAAAAAUCUUUAAUUUACUCCAAGAAAGCUUCGGACAUUAGUCUAGUCGCCAAUUCAGAUGGUGGAGAAACAAGUUCAAAUAAUACGAGUACAAAACCUCGUAGAAAAUCAAUUAAUAUUCAUAGAAGAAUAUUGGAUUCCAGUAGUGAGGAAGACGAGGUCAAUGCAGGAAGAACAAAUGAAGUUAAAGAACUUUCAGAGGAAGUUACUAAAACUACAAAAACUUCGAAAACUGAAGCUGGAAAGGAAAGAAACUUAGAGGAAGCAACGGAGGCCAUUUCAGCACUUACAAAAGAAACUAAAAAACCUUUAAGAGGUCGUAGGAAAUCUAUGUAUGUUGAAAGUACUGCCAAAGAAACUGUUGUAUCCGAGGAAAGUGAAACAAAGAAAGAGAGUAAAGUUACACGCAGAAAGUCAAUGUAUAUAGAAAGGACUUCACCCGAGGCAGUUCAGUCUGAGGAUAGUGAAACUAUCAAACCGAAAAAACAACCUGCACGCCGAAAAUCGAUGUAUUUUGAAAGUGCUCCAAUAGAAGCAGUGGAAACUGAAGAAGAAACCAUUAAACCUAGUAAAACUAGUCGACGAAAAUCCAUGUAUGUAGAAAGCUCUGGCAAAGAAGCAGUCGAGUCUGAGGAAAGUGAAACCAGCAAGCGUAUUAAACCUAUACGUAUAAAAUCAAUGUAUGUUGAAGGUACUCCAUUGGAACCAGUGGAAACUGAAGAGGAAACUAUCAAAGCCAGUAAAACUAAUCGACGGAAGUCCAUGUAUGUUGAGAGCACUGCCAAGGAAGUUGUCGAGCCUGAGGAAAGUGUACCAACCAAACGUAAUAUACCGUCACGCAGAAAGUCAAUGUAUGUAGAAAGAACUCCAUUAGAAGCAAUUGAAACUGAUGAAGAAACAACUAAACACAAUAAAACUAAUCCAGGAAAAUCUAUUCCUGUUGAAAGCACUUCCCAGGAAGCUGUAGAGCCUGAGAAAAGUGUAACAACUAAGCGUAACAUACCUGUACGCAGAAAGUCAAUGUAUGUAGAAAGAACUUCAUUAGAGAAAAUUGAAACUGAUGAAGAAACAACUAAACGGGCUAAAACUAAUAAAGAAGAAUCCCUUAAUGUUGGAAGCACACAUUUGGAGUCUAAAAACGUUAAAGCUGACAAACCCAUUAAAGCAUUACGCCGAAAAUCGGUGUACUUUGAAAGUCCUGCUUCAUUGGAAAGUGAAACUGAGGGAAUUGAAGCGAACAAACCCAUUAAAGCUUGUGCAGAAACUAAAAAUGUUCAGGAACCACAAACUGCGAGAGAUAGUUCCAAAUUAACUGAAAAAUGCAAUGAGCAGCUUGGGAAUGAACCGCAUCCUAAAGAGAUUAAAGCAAACAAACCUAUUAAAGCCAUACGCCGAAAAUCGAUGUACAUUGAAAGUCCUGCUUCAUUGGAAAGUGAGACUGAAGGAAUUGAAGCAAAAAAACCCUUAAAAGCUGGUGCCGAAACAGCGCCAAACCAUUCCAAAUUAACAGAGAAAUGUAAUGAAGAGCAUGGCAAGGAAUUGCAUCCUAAUGAGGUUAAAGCAGAUAGAUCUAUUAAAGCCAUACGCCGAAAAUCAAUGUAUAUUGAAAGUCCUGCUGUCUUAGAAAGUGAAAUUGAAGCUAACAAAUCCGUUAAAGCUGGUAUAGAAACUGAAUUGGUACAGGAGCCUCAAACAGCGCUAGAUAGUUCCAAAUUAACUGAGAAUUGUAAUGAACAGUGCGACAAAGAACCGCAACCCAAAUCUGACAAACCCAUUAAAGCUAUACGCCGAAAAUCAAUGUACAUUGAAAGUCCUGCCUCAUUGAAAAGUGAUAGUGAAGUAAUUGAAGUGAAUAAACCCAUUAAAAUUGGUUCAGAAACUAAACUUGUUCAGGAGCCACAAACUGAGCUAGACAAAUCCAAACUAACCGAGAAUUGUAAUGACCAACAAGACAAGGAACUGCAGCCAACAAAAGCCAUACAAUCCUUUAAAAUGCGCCGUAAAACUUUAAACAUAUCAAAACCCCAAACAGAAAACAUUAUAGAAACGUCUUCCAGUUCACUGAAUCCAUCUAAAAUUGAAGAAUUUAAAAUGGAUUCUAAAACGAACGACAUUUCAAAAAGUCUAUGUGAACAUCCAAAGGAAUCUACGAAACCUAUAACUUCCUUCAAAAUGCGGAGGAAAUCCCUGUAUUUGGAAAGAAAUUCGUUGAAGAAUGAAGAUAUUGAAAAGGAUUCAAGAGAUUUAAAGAAAGUGGAACCCGUAAAGGAGACAAAGGUUGAGGAACGCAACUUAAAGAACAAAGAAGAAAGUAAUUUAGAUUCUAAUAACGCAAUUGGAACAAGAAACUCUAAAAUAGAUUCUUUAAGAAAACAAAUAGUUACAGAUUCCGAUUCCUUAAUGGUGCAACAAAAAUCCAAUAAAAUACCUUGCAAAUCUACCAAUCAACAACACAAUUUAGAAACCAACAAUGAGGAACACACUUCAGAAGAUGAAUUAGAGCAAGAAUCUGAAAGUAAAAGACUUAAACUUGACAUGGGAUCGGACACCUUACCUCCCGAUGCGAUGGCCCAAAAGAAAUCUAUAAAAAUGCGCAGACAGUCUACGACUCAGCGGCACAAUUUAGAUUCCCUUAUCCCAGAUAGGGCGUGUAAGAAAGAUUUAGAAGUUUCCAAGAAAUCUAAACAAGAUAAGGAAAAGAAAUCUGAAGACAAAAGAACACCACAAACAGACACCGUUUCCGUAACAAUUAAAGCUCGCAGGAAAUCUACAAAUCAAACAAGAGAUUCCGGUUCCAGCAUUGAACAGGAAGCUAGGAAAGAUUCAACAAAAACAAAGGUAAUUAAACCAGAAGAAACUAAAAACAGUCAGCAAAUGGAUUCAGAAGCCAAAUCCCUAGAUGUUUCAAAGCCAGCAAAGCCUAUUAAAAUGCGUAGAAAGUCCACAAUUGAGCGAGUUAAUCUAGAAGCAACAGAAUCUACAAAAUCCACAACAUCUAAACAAGUAUUAGAGAAAAAGUGUGAAGAGAAACUUCCUCAAAUAGAGAAUAGUAAACAAACUGAAACACUCUCCUCGUCCUCCAUGAAAAUGAGAAGAAAGUCAACAAAUCAGCCACCAACUGAAGAAUCCUGUAGCAAAGACAUAGACCAUAAUAAGGAUGUAGAUACCGACUCUUCCUUAGUACUGACACCACACAAAUCCAUUAAAAUACGCCGAAAGUCAAUAAAUCAUCUAAGAAUUUUAGAUUCCAGUAGUAGUGAUGACAAUGAGCCACUGAUUAAAAAACCUACCGUGAUAGCAACUGAACUGAAAACUCCUUUAACAACAGCACCCAAAAGCAGAUCACGUAAGAAACGUGUGGUUAAAGUUUUAAGCAGCUCAAUGGAAUCACCUGUAACCAACACCACCAAUAGUUCACAUCAAUCUUCCGAUCAUACCUCACCUCUCGCCUCACCCAAUCAUCCCAUUUUCGAUACAGAAGUUCCCACACAAAGUACGGAAUUUGCUGCCUCCAUGCCUAUGACACCAAAUCAACAAGAUGACAACAAAUUUAAGGAAAUCGAUUCAAAAUUACAUGAAAUCUUUCAAUCACCCCAAUACACAGUGGAUUAUAGAAUAUCAGCAGCAGUGGAUUCAUCUAAUGUAGCCAUAUUACCGCCUCCGGCCUUUAAAAGCGACAUAAAUGAGACACCACCGGAUUUCAAUAGCGCAAUAAAUCAAAGUUCUGUAAAUAUUUCCCAAAUAAACGACAGCAACUCAACUUUAAAUGACACAACGGCUACACAAAGUGGCAGCGAAGUGAAACAUUUAUCUUUGGGUGCCGCAGAUUAUCGUUUUGAAAAAGUUUCCGAUAACGUUAUCAAUUUGUUUAUAUCACGCAAGCGUAAACGUAAGCGUAAUAAUUAAAUGGUAGAAAUACAUAAAGUGUUAUGAUAUUAAGAUUAUACUGUUAAGUUUAGUUUUAAAAUUAUUAUAGUUUUAAGUUGUUUUUUUCUAUAUUUUCAAAAAUUUCUCCAGGAAUUUAUUUUUAAAUUGAAAAGAUUUGUUUAAAAACUUUCGGGUUUUUUGAAAAAUUCAUGAAUUAAAUCGUUAAAAAGUUUUGUUAUUUUGCUUGUAAUGAAUUUAAAUGUGAAUUCAUGUAUUAAAACGUUAUAAAAUUGUUAUUUUACUUUGAAAUUGAAAUUAAAUGCCAUUCGUAUUAUUUAUAUUUAAUUGCAAAAAUAUUAUUUUCAGAAAAAUAUAUAUAUA